CAAUUCUCCAAUUCUCACCUUUCGAAUUCCGGAACAUCAGCAAUCUUGGGUUGGACCACACAACUUUAAUCUGUCGCCUCAACCGAUUUCUUCAGCAAGACCAAUAUUCUUGGCUUGGACUUCCAGUGCGGGCGAGGCACACAGAUCUAACAAAGAAAAGUAUCGCAACACUCCCGUUUCUGCAGCGCGGUUCUCCAAGCAGCGAUCCAUCUCCAUCAUCAGCUCGGAACGCCGGCGUCGGCUGCUUCUAAUAUGGCGAGCGAGAGUAAUGGGCCGCCUAGCAGAGCCCCUGUAGCGCAGGAUGGACCUAAGGGCGCACCAGCUGCUCCCAACCCGACCGGCAGCCCAGCCAACCCCGAAAAACUCACAGCGGCCCAGUUAAAAGCCAAAGCAAAAGCCGAGAAGGCUGCACGACGUGCACAAGUCAAGGAAGCCAGAGCAGCAACGGCAGCAGCACAGCCAAACCAAGAGAAGUGGGCCCCGUCUGUGGACACAAGGGGAGGCAAGGGCAAGGGGAAGCAAGAUGGACCUCAACUACAGAACCGGGGCGGCCACCGCCCGUCGGUCAGCGGACGGCGGCCGUCUGUUCCAGCAGCCGAUAAGGACGUCAGGAGUGGCAUUCCGGAUGGUUUUAGUCAUGUCCCGAUGGCGAGGCGGAUACCCACAUCUCAGGCGCACAAAGAUGUCCAUCCUGCUGUCCUCGCCGUCGGCCAGCAGAUGGCCACGUUUGCCCUUAAAGACAGCAUUUCUCGCCUCAAGGCAACUCUCUUCGCGUUUAGGAAGGUGAUCGAGUCGUACGAGACGCCUAAAGGGAACUCGCUCUCUCGGCACUUUGUCCCACAUGUCUUGAAUCCACAGAUCGAGUAUCUGACCGAAUGCCGGCCAAUGUGCUUCGCGAUGGGCAAUGCGAUCAGACUGCUCAAGGGGAGGGUCAAUAAGUUUAACAUUGACACGGCCGAGGACGAAGCUAAAGAGGGCCUCCUGGAAUGGAUCGAUUUCUUGAUCAACGAGCGGAUCACGCUCGCGGAGUAUGCCAUCGCUCGGAACGCCGCUCACUCGAUCAAUGAGGGCGAUACCAUCCUUACAUACGGCCAUCACAGGCUCGUCGAAAAGACGCUCCUCGAGGCGAAGCACAACGGCAAGUCGUUUGACGUCAUCAUUAUCGACGACCCGUACGAGCGGGGUGGCCAGAAGCUUGCGAAGACGCUGCGGCAUGCCGGUAUUCACGUGCUCUACUCGCCCAAUCUCGGCGGCCUGCGACCCAAGGUCGCGGCAGCCUCGAACGUGUUCCUCGGGGGGGAAGCCAUCUUUGCCAACGGGUCGCUUCACGCGCCGUCCGGGACGGCAGACGUAGCAAUGGCAGCCAUGAACGCGGGUGUCAAAGUGAUUGUUCUCUGCGAGACAAUCAACUUUGACCGGGAUCGCGUGUCGGUCGAUGCGCUCACCUACAACGAGAUCGACCCGGAGAGAAACACAGCGGAUUGCUUCCGGUUGUUGUACGACAACACCCAUGAUAAGUACAUUACCGGUGUCAUCACCGAAUUUGAGAGCGGUGGUGGCAAUUCGCCCGCCCAGGCGAUCCUUGCUCUCCUCAGGAAACAGGAGGAUCCUUUGAUUGCUUAGGGGUUGGGCGGUACAAGGAGGAGGGAGAGAGGCAGCAAGUGAAUUCCCGUUAGAGUAGGCACAAUACUACCCAGGAAACGAGCUGGCCUACGCCAGUUCAAGACCGAACUUAGACUUGAGGACUUGUCGGGGCCGCGCUGGGUUGCUUCUCCGGGCUCCGGAACCUGCCCAAAAGGGCGGUCCAG